AUAUAUUAAAGGAUUGAUGUACAUAUUGGAACACACUUCGGUUUAAAUUCUGAACAUCGAAGUUACUAUAAGUUGAUGUGUUGUACAUCACCCGAAAUUUUUAUGGUAUUUUAUCCGUCAUAAUAAAUUUGAAAGAUGUCUAUUGUAACGAAAGGUGUUUUUAUUGUUGCUGCAAAACGUACUCCAUUUGGUACAAUGGGUGGAGUUUUUGCUAAUAAAACUGCAACUGAUUUAUCAGCUGUUGCUGCAACUUCUGCUUUGCAAUCUGCAGGAUUAAAGCCUGAAAAAGUAGAUAAUGUUAUUUUUGGUCAUGUUUUAAGUUUGUCAUCAUCUGAUGGGGCCUUCUUGGCACGUCAUGCUGCAUUAAAGUCUGGGGUUCCUUUAGAAAAGCCAGCUUGUUCAAUAAAUAGAUUAUGUGGCUCAGGAUUUCAGUCAAUAGUUAGUGGUGCACAGAGUAUUUUGACAGGAGAGGCUAAAAUAGUUUUAACAGGAGGUGCAGAAAAUAUGAGUCAAGCUCCUUUUGUUGUAAGAAACGUUCGUUUUGGUACAGUAUUAGGACAGAAGCAUGAAUUUGAGGAUUCUUUAUGGCUUGGAUUAUUGGACACUUAUUGCAAUAUGCCCAUGGGCAUGACAGCAGAAAAGCUUGGAGCUCAAUUUGGUAUAAAUAGGCAACAAGUAGAUGAAUUUGCUUUGAGGAGUCAACAACUAUGGAAGGCUGCUAAUGAUGCCGGUCGUUUCAAGGAGGAGCUUGCACCUGUAACAGUGACCAUUAAAAAGCAAGAGGUAGUUGUGAAUGUGGAUGAACAUCCUCGACCUCAAACAACUCCUCAGAGUUUAGCUAAAUUACCUCCUGUUUUUAAAAAAGAUGGUCUGGUUACAGCAGGAUCUGCAUCUGGUGUUUGUGAUGGUGCAGGAGCUGUUAUUUUAGCUAGCGAAGAAGCCGUUAAAACGGAAGGUCUUAAGCCACUUGCACGUUUAGUUGGUUCAUGUGUUGUGGGUGUAGAUCCCAGUAUUAUGGGAAUUGGUCCAUCUCCAGCCAUCAAGCAACUUCUAAAAAUUACUAAUAAAACAAUGGACGAUAUCGAACUUGUCGAAAUUAAUGAAGCAUUUGGAGCUCAAACCUUGGCGUGUGCCAAAGACUUAAAUUUAGAUAUCAAUCGCUUAAACGUAGAUGGCGGAGCUAUUGCUCUUGGACAUCCAUUAGCUGCAUCUGGUAGUAGAAUUACUGCACACUUAGUACAUGAAUUAAGAAGACGCAACAGCAAAAAGUUUGGAAUUGGUUCAGCCUGCAUCGGCGGAGGUCAAGGAAUAGCUGUAAUGGUGGAGGCUCUGUAAUAUGUGAUAUAAUCGUAUUUGUGUGAUACGAGCAAAAUGUGAAUUAUACAAUCAAUAUCAAUUGAUAUUGAAUGUAUAAAUUACAAAAUGUGUUCACAUUUAUAUUUUUGAUAUUUUGCAUACAACAUGAAGAGAACAUAUUAAAGAAUUAUAUAUGUAUACCUAUAUUUUUAUGUUAAUAUAGACUUUUUAUUACACUAUAUAUAAUAUUCCGAUGUUGAUAAGAAUAUAGUACGUUUGUUAAAAU